AUGAUGGUAUCUCGGCAAGCAGAACACGACGAUGUCCACACCGACGGCGUUUGGAUCGCAGCGGAUGCAAAUGGUCCUCAUAGCAUGAUGGACUGCAGUACGUUAUCUCAAUCCUGCUUUCCAACACCAGGAGAUUUGGCUGCUACCCAUGCUGCUACCCUUGGAGGCAUUAACCACACCAAUGUCCCUCCUGGGGAUACCCCUCCCAAAGGCGAUGCUGUGACUGGUCAUUAUCUAGAUAACAACAACAACAACAACAAGAGUCGUAUACCAGAAGAAUUUGAUAAUUAUUCGGCGCACAGCAAUGCUUCCAGGAGAUCCGCAGCAAAUCCCGAACAUCGUCGUUCCCCCCAGAAAAAGAUUUCCAGAGCUCAAUCUUGGAGUGGAGAUACCAUCGACUCGGAAUCGAGGGAUCGAGCUCCUCGAGCUGGGAGACGACCUACGAGUCGUUUUAGCAACACUAACAACAGCGAUGCCGAUGGUGGUGACACUCGCAACAGCACUGGCACCUACGACCGAUGGUCUCCCCAACAACAACCACGGCCUCGCAUUCAACGACCCAAUCGGCCACCCAUUGCGCGACGCUCCAAAAGUCAAGGAGACGACGAUGAUUAUUCCUAUUCCGGCGGUAUUUUGAGCGACGACGAUACUCAAAAUAACAACCACAGUCCUCGUGGUCGUGCAUCGUCUCCGGCCAGUUUUCAACGAAAACCAGUGGGACGAAAUAAUUCGGGAACAUCCAUAUUGAGCAGUGCGGCCAGUAGUGUCGCCAGCAAUUCCAGUAUGAGCAGUUACGGACAAACACGAGAAGAACGUCGCGAUUCGUCACGACGCUUAUCCAAAGCACGCAAAAAGAAGGCCGAGCAACGCCGGUAUCAGGCCGCCUCGCAAGCUCCCAGGAGUCCCAAACGACCCGAUCGAGAGUUGUCGUCGCCGUCGUCCGAAUGCGAGUCUUCUUACGACGCCAGUUUGGAGGAGGAACAUCCUCAUCAUUUGCUACCGGUAGAGCAGCCUACUAGUGGUGGUGGUGGUGCUGACAGUCGAAAAUCCUACGAUAGUCCCCCCCAACAACCGACCGCGCGACAAGCAUCGGCGGUGUAUGGAAGCAACAAUAACAACAUGGCAGCCUCCUCGGCGGACCCAACGACGACGGCGGCAUGCACAAGAUCGUCUUAUGGAUCCUACGAUAGCUUGCCACAACCUGGCUUGCGCAAGGAUUCCUUUCAUGGACAAAACGGCGAGGACUAUGGAACUAGUAGUAUCGAAAACAACAAGGCCGUGCGCAAAAAUACCAACGUGUCGGUUCCCAUGCGACAUCCCAGCAGAAACUCCAUUCUCGAUCAUAGCCACGACGAGCAGGAUUCCAGAAACAACUCUUUGCCUGUGGAUUCCAAUCAUGGUGGCGGUGGAGCCUCCUCGAUGCUGGAUUCGAAUCAUGGUGGAACUUCGGUGGAACAAAGUGAGGCUUCGACGUACGAAAGCAUAGAAUCCAGCCACGACAGUAGGAGUGCUGGGGUGCGGAAAUCCAAACGAGGCAGUCUCGCGGAUCAUGGAAGGCGAGUGUCUCUCGCCGAUAUCUUUCCCAAGCACGUGGCACAAGCCCUCAAAGAUGGCAAGAGAGUAAAGGCAACCCACAAAGAUUGUGUCACUAUUUUCUUUUCCGAUAUUGUUGGUUUCACGGACAUUUCCUCUACCCUCCCUCCUGCCAAGGUGGCUGGCAUGCUACAUAGACUCUACAAAAAGCUGGAUAGGCUGUCCAUCAAACAUGAUAUCUACAAAGUUGAAACUAUUGGGGAUGCCUUCAUGGCUGUAGCCAAUUUGGUCAAGGAUCAAGAAGAAGACCACGCCAAGAGAAUUGCCGAGUUUGCAAUCGAAGCCGUUGCUGCUGCUGGUACCGUGCUGAUUGACAGAGAUGAUGCCGAUAGGGGUUGUGUCAGCCUUCGUAUUGGAUUUCACUCAGGCGCUGUUGUGGCUGACGUUGUUGGCACACGUAAUCCGAGAUAUUGUUUAUUUGGAGACACGGUGAACACAGCUUCUCGUAUGGAGUCCAAUGGGAAACCAGGUCGCAUCCAUUGCUCCAUGGAUUCCGCAAGAUUGCUCGAACAGCAGUGCCCUGGCUUGCCAAUCCAUUCCAGAGGUCUCAUUGACGUGAAAGGCAAAGGUCAAAUGCAUACAUUUUGGGUGAACGAGGAGACUGUGGCUCCAUCCUAUGAUGACACGCAAAAUGCUUCAAGGAGGACCUCCAAAGCCAGUAAAUCCAGCAGCAAGAGCAGCACCCGCGAGUCGCUCCAAGGUUCAUGCCACUGUGAUCCUCCCAAACGUCCCCAGCGCAGGGGUAGUUGGGAUGAAGAAGAGCAACCACCAUUUCACGAGCCAACCUGCCCGCACCACCAUGACCAUGGCCAUCAUCAUCACCAAGCGCCAAGUUCAAAGUACUGCAGAGAAACACAGAAUGAUUACAACCACGAUGACCCGUAUAGGCUUGGCCCCUCGAAUACAGAACAACUCCGGGACAGGUCCCCUGCCGGCAUGCGGGACACUUCGCGCCAAUCUGGUCUCGACAGGUCUGGCUAUGUAAACGCCAGUGAUAAUAUGUCUCACAAUUCACAUGCCAUUAGAUCCAUCUCCGCAAUGAGCGUUGUGUCCGAUAUCACAGAUUUUACGGGAGCUUCCAUUCCUGUAAGCACCGGGGGCAACAGCCGCCCAAGCAUUGGACACCUGAGCCACUAUCAUGAUGAGAGGCAGAUGGAUCAAAUCCCCGAAGCGCCCGCAUACCAGCGCACUCAGACAUGGUCCCAUCCCAAUUCCCACCCCAGCAAUUUUGAGCAACCUCAGCCGUAUCAAAUGCAGCAGCAACAUCAAUAUCAGCCCGCUCCGCCUCCGAACCAUCAUAUUAUGCAACAACCGUAUCAUGCUCCUCCUCCACCUCCUCCUCCCCAUCAUCAGAUGCAUCAGUCCUUUCAAUCCCAUUAUCCUACUCCGCCACACCAUCAGAUGCAGCAGCAGUACCAGGUUCCUCAUCCUUCCCACCCCCCUCCGCCUGCUAGCAAUCCCCUGAAGGUUGAGAUUGAACCUGGUGUGUUUCGCACAUUGCGUGGCAAAGAUGAGACACUUCAUGCCAUGGAAUGUGGCUUCAUGAUUGAUCUUAGCUGUAUGGUGUGCACCAUGCAUGUCAGCUGCAUUGCAGAUGCUGAAUUUGUCCUGUGUCCUGUGUGCAAGAGUGUCAGUCCUAUUGUGAAUAACACAGGAAAUGGUGGUGGCGUUGGGUUGGGAGUCGAACCGGAUGACAAUUCCUGA